GUUUUUGCAGGGAAGCAGGGAUGCCAUGGAAAUCUGGGAGGAAAAAAUCUCUGGCCCUGUGCUUGGAAAACUGCUGUAUGAGAUCCUGUUUCUUGCUCUUUCUCCAGUUCCACACCAUUAGCAGGCUGAAACAUCAAACAUCUGGGAAGCCUGCCAGUCUGUCCAGGCAGGAAGAAGAUACAAUGGACAGCAGGACUGGCUUUGAGCAGGACAGAGACUGUGUCACUUCAGGGCAUGGCCAGGGGCUGAAAUUGGAGCCCUGUUUCCAGAGUGACUCUCACUUGCCUUCCCCCAGUGCAUCCCUGAUACCACAGCUCCUCAGCCACACAGUGGUUGGCAGGAACCUGGAUCCCACCAUCCUUUUUGCUUCCUCUCAGGCAGUGGCCUUGCCUCAUGACUACAAAUGUGGUGCAUGUCCUGGAGAAGUGCAAGCCCUGGCUUCUCCCAGGACCUGUGCCCCGGCUCCUGUGCCCCGUGCUGGUGAUGGGGACCAGCUCUCCAGCCAGCACCCACGGGAGCAGCUCUGUGACCAGCACUUACGGGCCAAGCGGGCCAGGGUGGAGAGCAUCAUCCAGGGCAUGAGCCUCCCACCAACCCCUCAAGCAUUUGACAUGAGCCCAGAGGUGGCUGUCAGGCAUGAGAGGGAGAGAACUGGUGAGAUGACCCAGGAGAACAAGAGGAAGACAAGGGUGCCCCAGCAGGGUGUGGGGGCAGCUGGACGAGUGGCUCCCACCGGGGGCAGUUCCCAUGCCAAGGGCUGCCAGCAGAUGAAAGAGCAGCUUUGCUUUUUACAGCAGCAGUUGAGGUGGCUUCAGGAGAAGUUCUAUCAAGUCUGUGACUCUGAGGAUGCUGCCCAAACCCAGGAAGAUUCUGAGAAAGUGCAGCCACUGCCUGGAAAGCCUGAAGACAGACUGAACAAGGACAGUGCCACUGACACCACCAACCCACACAAAGUUCCUCUCAGGGGGAGCAUCCUGGAGGUGUGUGGGCUGGAGGAGGCUGAGGACAGAGGUGAUGCGGGUGGCCUGCCCUCGGCAGUGAGGGUGCUCUCACAGGCACUGAAGCAUGAGCUGGCUGUGGUGACAUCCCAGGUAGUGGACUCUGUCCUGAAGACUGUCUGGCCAAAGGCAGACAGCUACAUCCAGAAGCAGCACCACAGCCUUCCAAUGCUGGGGCCAGAUGCCAGGAGAGAGAAUUCUGCUGGUGGGAAAUGCAGAAAGCUACUUGUUAAGCCAUCUCCCAUGAAUGCACCAGGCUCCCUGGGCUCACCCCAGGCUGAGACACUGCCAGGAGCUCCAGGGAAGAGCCCGGGCUCUUAUGCUGGCUCCUUCAGUUCAAAGGGGGUCAGAAAAUCCUCUCGGGUACCCAGCAUGGGUUAUUCACUGGGCUCAGCCACCCCUGUCCAGCACAGCCAGCUGCUGAGCCAGCUGUUGGGCUACAGGCAGCACAGCCUCUGGGGCAGUGACUCUCAUGAGAGCCCAUCUGCUCUGGAGAGGGGUUGUCCAGAGCCCCUCAACUUGCACUGGGGAACUGUUAAACUGAGAUCAUCGAUCGUGAGACAGCAGCAGCACCACCCCCUGCCCCUGAGCCCUGCCAACAUGGACAGCCUGGCACUACUGCCAGCUGGCAGGGAUGGCCACAGUGAGCUGCCAGCUGCAAAUGACGGAGCACCCUUUGCCUCGACCCAUAUAUCCUUUGGGGGCAGCCAGAGGUCCCUGCGGAAUGGGCUAAAAAGGUGUGGGCAGGAAAAGAGGGCCACUGCCACUCCUCAGGGUUGGUCAGAUGCUGUAGCAUAG